ACGUGUCAAGAGGCUUGCGUACAUUUCGACGGUGGAGAUGGUGUUUCAGAAUACGGCGAUACUCGGGGUGGAGAAUCAUCCGAUCCAUCUGCAUGGGUUUGAUUUCUUCGUGCUCGCGCAGGGGUUCGGAAAUUACGAUAAUGCCACGCAGCGGAGCAUGUUCAAUUUGGUAAACCCGCAGCUGCGGAACACCAUAGUUGUUCCCGUCGGAGGAUGGGCUGUCGUCAGAUUCAUUGCCAACAAUCCCGGUGUAUGGCUGAUGCAUUGCCACCUGGAUGUCCACCUGUCAUGGGGCUCAUCAACGGCUUUCGUAAUAGAUAAUGGGCCCACCGCUUCAUCAACGCUACCUCCACCACCGCUCGAUCUCCCUCGUUGCUAGAUACUACGAUAUUUGUAUUUGUUUGCUAAAACCACGUGCACCUCUACACGCAGGCAUAGAUCCACGUGUGUACGACACCUACUAUCUGUUGGGGCCGGCGGCACGUAUGAGAAAUCAAUGGACUUGCAAGAUGUACAUUAUGGGUCCCACCAUAUACAUGGCUGGAACGUUCCACGCGUGUUAGUUGACACGUGUCUGCUCACGGAGAUGCAUGUGGAACUUGAAACCUCGUAUUCGUUUCGUUUUUUUUUAGCUUAGUUGUCUACAAACAUUCAUGUUGUAAUAGUCCCAUGUAAUAAAGUCAUUGGCUGUGGCCAUGUGUAACAUUUUUUAAAAAAAAUAAUUCCAUGUAAUAAAGUCAUGACUGUGUUCAUGCGUAGGUCUUAUACAAUUAUAUAAGGAAUUGUUAGAUACAUUUUCUUAUUUAUACACGUUUCUUUAGUUGAA